GUCUUGCCAUGAGAUCGCACGAACCCAUCUAUGUGACGCAAAACAAUCACGACAGCUCAAAUGCCGUGGUGUGCAGUAUCCCUUACACCGGCUACGUGACAAACGGUUCUUAUUUUGAUUACGUGACACCGCAAGUGAUUGACGAUACGUGUGCAUCGUCGAUGGUUUCGUCAACCUCCGCCCAGGGUGUUUACUCGUCUUCGUGCCCCUCGUCGACAAGGAUGCGUAGCGCGGUCGGGAGGAAGCCGUCGAAGGGACCGGACGGCAUACGGCGGUACAGCAGCCGACGGAAGACAUACGAGCGACGCGACCGCAUUAAUUCGCGGGAGCGUGACCGCAUGCAUCAGCUUUGUGAUGCGUUCGAGAGGCUUCGUCAGGUGCUUCCAUGCAAGCGGCUCAAGCAAGGACCACAUCGUCAUAGGCUUAGCAAGAUCGGCACCCUUGUCCUUGCCCAGAAUUAUAUUCGAGCCUUGGAAGUGAUGCUGCAGGAAAGUCCGGACGACACAUCAGUGUCAACGGCAGAACUAGACGUUAAUGGAUUCAGCACGUCUCAGAACAGCAUUGCGAAUCAACCCAAUGGCAGUUCAAACACCUACUAUCAUGUCGACGAAAGCACAGAGCUUGAGAUCGGGGAGUUUUGCGCCAUUCCGUCUUCGUUCAACGCCGCUCAAAUUAACCCCCAUUAUACACAAGAAUAUUACAGAACGGAGUCUACAAUUCAAUAUCAGUAUUGAACAAGAGAUACACAGAGAUAAGAAUAAGGAUCCACAAGAAUCAU